GGGUAACACAUUAGGUGAAGGCUUUUUGCUUGUAAAUACUGCAAAGUGAAGUACGGUUGAGUUUCAUGGUUUAAAUCGUGUGUUUAUUUGCACGAUAAUGUCUCAUUCAAGUGAGCCGGAUUUAUCACCGAACUUGGCUUGUCUCAAAACAGUAGACAACUUGCUUCGAUGUCCCAUUUGCUUUGACUUCUUGAAUAUCUCCAUGAUGACACCGUGUUCUCAUAACUUUUGUUCCUUGUGUAUACGGAAAUUUCUGUCCUACAAGUUAUUGUGCCCUGUUUGUAACAUGCCUAUGACUGAACAAGAUCUGAGGAAUAACAGGAUAUUGGAUGACCUUGCUCAGUGCUUCCAGAGUGCAAGGCAGCAGUUGUCCCAGGCCAGUUUUGAAUCACCCCCGAUUUCCCCCAAAACACCCUCCAUGGAGAUCCGAGGCAAGAAAGUGAGGCAGAAGGGGCCCAGGAAGGAGGGCACCACUCUCACUCACUUUUUCCAAAAGCGCUCUCCUGCGCUGUCAGUGGGGCCACAAGCAGACUCCAAGCCCCUCAUCCCUGUCAAACAGGAGCCCAUGGAAGUGUGUGUCCUUGACCCCACUGAGCCCCAACUGGAGGGGACAGAGUCUGACACCAUGGGCCUGAAAGAGGAGAAGAUGGAUGUAUGCGGAUCGCCAUCCACAUCACAGGUGGUUCAGCCUGUGGUCAAAGUGGAGUGCCCCGUGUGCGGAGUCAGUGUAUCUCAUCACCACAUUAAUAAACACCUAGACGUGUGUCUGACCACCGAUGAGAAGAAGGAAGGCCUCAGAAGGAGUGAAAGUGCACCUUUGAUGACCUGCGGAGCAAAGACUCUUCACAGCUCAGGGAAGCGUAGGCUGAUGACUAAGCCGGUGUACAACCUGAUGACGAAGCUGGAAUUGAAGAAAAGGCUGAAAGACUGUCACCUCUCCACGCGAGGCUCCAGAGAUGAGCUCGUCAGCCGUCACCAGGACUUCUUGCACAUCUACAAUGCCCAGUGUGAUGCCCUCAACCCCAGAUCAAGUGAGAACAUCGCUAAAGAGGUUGAACACAAUGAGAAGAUGAGGAAUCAGCUGGACAAUAAAAGCAAACCUGAAAUAAUUGUUACAAGGAACAAAACAGCUGAGGAAAUUGAACAGUUGCACUCACACUACCGAAAGGAGCACAGCAAUGAAUUUUCUCGCCUCAUCGCCCAGGUCAGAGGUCGAUUGGCAACGUCUGGGAAGACACAGUUUAAGCAGGAACAAGUGAAAUCAGUGGAGCUAUCAUGUUUCCCAGCUGAUCCUAAAGUUGUCCAGAGCACUACACAGACAGCACUACCCAACAAUGAGAAGAUGUCAGCUCCAGAGACCGUGUCUAGGUCACCAAGCCCCAGUCUCAGUGACGUCUCCCUCAGCAGCUCCAUUUCUGAUGUUUUCAGCUGAGGACUUUAUAGAAGCUUCCUGAAGUACCUGAGAGCAGACCAAGAGGCAGCCACAGAGCCACAGGCACUCUUUCUGUAUCCAAAAGGCAGUAAUUCGAACCUGAGUUCAGUGGAAAGAACCAGUGGAACACCUGGACUCUGUUAAAAAUGAAUGAGCAGCAGAACUUUAUACCUUCACAGAAUGUAGUCUGGUUUCAUUUUGGAUUUUGUAAAUGGUGCAUUUUUAAAUAAAGUUCAUCUUUAAAACUA